CCGACCUCAGUAGGAGCUCCGUGUGGGGAGGUUUUUUCUAAAACGAGAGAGAUCGAGUGAGGCGAGGCGAUUCCACGGAAGAUUCGACCUCAUCAGUCCCUCCAGAAGCAAACGAAAUUGGCAGAGUGUGAUGAGAGUUGGAGGAGAGAUGUAGAGCACUACGGGAGGAUUGUGGGUGGGCAGGGCAUAGUUGUUGUUGUUGUUGCAGCAGCAGCAGCAGCGAGAAAGAAGCAGCAGGUGGGGCGGAGGCUGAUGAUCCCCAUGGCCACGCUGAGCAGCCCCGCAGGCUCGUCGAUGGAGAUCGUGCGCUUGCAGAAAACAGCCCUCAGGACCAUCGUGCGUCGGGAGCUUCGCAAAUUCUCGCCCGAGGUCAGGGUUCAGGAAGAUGAAGCAAUUCAGAAGCAUUUAUUUUCUGCGGAAUGGUACCAGAACAGCAAGAGGAUUUGCGCCUACGUGAGCUGUGCAAGUCUUCGAGAAGUGGUCACGUCACAUAUUUUGUCCGACCUUUUGGGAAAGCAACGGCAAUACGCAGAUACGAAAGUUUAUGUGCCACGAGUUGAGGACAUGGAAAGUCAAAUGCGGAUGCUGCACAUCACCAACAUGGAUGAUGAUCUGAUCCUGAAUCACAUGAACAUUCUGGAGCCUACGCCUUUGGAUUCCUCAGGAAACCCUCGAGAUGAAGUGAUGCAGGCGAAUGAGCCUCUCGACUUGCUCCUACUUCCAGGGUUGGCAUUUGAUCGAAAGGGAGGCCGACUUGGACGUGGCGGUGGGUACUAUGACGUUUUUCUUCAGAACUAUCUGCUUCUAGCCAAGGACAAAGGAUGGAAGUCACCGUUACUAGUAGCACUUGCAUAUAGUCCCCAGAUACGAGAUGACCCUGUACCAGUGGAUCCGACCGAUGUGAACAUCGAUGCUUUGCUUAGUUGCAAUGGAAUACUCACAUUCAACUCUGAAGCUGAGGAGCAGAUCAGCACGACAUAGCGCAUGAAUCUCUUCUGUUGCAGCAAGCACACUAUAUAUCAUGAAAUUUGAGAAAAUCAGUGCGAUCAUCGCACAGUAUUCUAGCAUCUGGUGAGUGGUGGAAUCCCUUUGUCAAAUUCACUCCACCUUUCUUAAGAGCUCUGUUCGUCGAAUUCUUCAUUUUUUAUACAAAAGUAAGCUAACAAUAUGAGCCGAUUCUAGUUGCCAAGGAACAAACUUGAAGGAUCCAUAUCACUCUACUGUAGAGCAAUCUUUAGCAUUAUGCAAGUUCAAACAGUUUUGUAAAAAAUAGAUUCACUUUCAAAAAUCAGAAACCUCCUGUGAUGAGUUGCAGUAUUCUAUUCCUAGUUUUAAGUUUGUUAACAGCGUGUUACAUCUGUUACGUUACCCGAAACAAAAUUCAAAAUUUUGAUUUUGAAACUACAGCAUACUAUUUGUUGAAUAAAGAGAUAAUGUCAUUGUCACAAAAUUGCUUC